AUGAGCUCUACCAUUGGGUUUAGGAAGGCCGUUGGAGUGUGCUUUGUGUUGCUUUAUUUGGCCGUCGGUGUGCCCUUAUGGUAUAAGCUGACAAAUAUUUACAGGGCACCACUACCGUCCCAAUACAUUGAGUCUUUACAUGACAAUGUGUUUCAAGAUGUACACAUGGUAAUCCCAGUUUAUUUGAAAAGCGACCUAUACAAGUUCCCUGAUCUCCAUGACGCCGUACAAGUACAAGUGAAUCAUCUUUUGAACACAAGAGAACACGAUGUUGCAUGGUCACUACAGGUACUUCAAUAUGAUGAGAAACUAAUGAAAGGGUUAGAAGAAGCAGGUGAUGAUGUUUACAUGGUCGACCUUGUUUUAGAUGAAUCCUGUGGAUUUGUACCUGGGUUCGGUACAAAGCAUGUCACUGUACUAUACGAUGACGAAUCGGUAGCUACAAAUGAUCUACCUUUCUUUGUCGCACAGACAUUGGUUGAGCACGUCUUUGGUAUGGAAUGGGAUGUGUUUUCUAAUUAUUGGAACAGAACACAAAACUCAGUGGCUGUGCUAUAUAAACCUGAUAUUCACAUCAGCAUAUCUUUACUCAACGGUGGAAGUCAGCCUGUGUCCUGGGAGAUUGAUGAAGUUUUGAAAGAAUACUUCACACCUUUUAGACAGUUCAUUACCUCACUUGUAAACUUUACUGUGGAUACUUCAAUUAUUUAUCAUAACGACCUAAACUUACACUCCUUGAACAACUCUGCUGAAGUUAGCGUGAGUGACUUAUCACACCACAUCGAUCUGUCAGACUUGUCCGCAAUGAAUGACUUCAAAGAAUCUUCAUCUGUUAACUUAGCAAUUGUAUACCCAGAUCCUGAGUUUUCACCAAAUGGCUUGAAUUAUAUCCAGGGCCAUGAGAGGGCAGAUGACGUGUUACAUCCUUGGAACAGUUUCAUUGUUCCUCAAUGGGGCGUGGUUGCAAUCAACAAAUACCCAUUAAAAAAACACUCUGUCAUCUCAAAAGAGUAUUUAAAACCAAUUGUCUACCAAUUUGCUAACGAUAUGGCAAAGCUGUUGGGCCUAGUCGAUAUCAAUGACGAUUUUAACACACCUUAUAUCACUGUGGAAUCAUUCAAGAGAGUUAUGAUACUAAAUAACAUUGAAAAAUCAGUAGAAACCUUGUGGUCUCUGGUGAAAUUAUCCAAACAGUUUCAGCAAAUGUCUAUACCCAAAGAAGUUAUGGGAAAUGUAACUGAAGCGCUAGAUUUAAGACUUGAAAUUGUUGACCUUUUGAACAACCCAGAAAAAGGAACUGAUCUAGAUUGGAGUUAUGCAUUGUCCAUGUCUAACCAACUUGUUGCAUUGACUGAGUGUGCUUUCUUCCACGGUGAAAUGGUCCAACAAAAUUUCUUCCCUCAAGAACAUAAAGUUGCUGUUUAUUUGCCACUUUUAGGUCCUUUAACCAUUGUAAUUUUCUUGGGAGCUGUUUCAUUAUUCAAGGAAGUACCAAGCACUGAUAAGACAGAUGAAGACUCAGAUGAAAAAGAUGUAAAUAUAGAUAGUGAAACUGAAGGGCCGGAAUUAACUAAUGAAAAGGCUGAAAUGAAGCAUGACUAA